ACGAAGCCGGUCACGUGUACGAUGUACAUUGCGCAUGCGCAAAACAGUUUAUGCUGCGCUUUAAUUAGGAUUUUCGUCGCGGAGCGUAUUUCUUCGAGAAAGAAGAAAUGUCGGAGCCAGUGGUGGUAAAGAAGAUCUGCUGUAUCGGAGCUGGUUACGUGGGCGGUCCCACGUGCAGCGUCAUUGCCUGCAAAUGUCCGGAUAUUCAGGUGACAGUAGUGGACCUGAGCCAACCUCGCAUCGAUGCCUGGAACUCAGACAAUCUCCCCAUUUACGAACCCGGCCUUCAAGAAAUCGUCGAAAAAGUCCGCGGGACAAACCUCUUCUUCACGACGGACACGGAGACUGCAAUAAUCGAGGCCGACCUCAUCUUCAUCUCGGUCAACACGCCGACCAAGACCUUCGGCGUCGGAAAGGGACGUGCGCCGGAUCUGAAAUUCGUGGAGUCUGCCGCGAGAAAGAUCGCCGAGAUUGCCAAGCAACCAAAGAUAGUCGUGGAAAAGAGCACCGUCCCCGUGAAGGCUGCCGACAGUAUAAAGAAGAUAUUCUCUUACUGCGCGCCUCAUGUGCCUUUUCAGGUUUUGUCAAAUCCUGAGUUUCUGGCCGAAGGGACGGCAAUCAAGGAUCUCCUGCAUCCAGACCGCGUUCUGAUUGGUGGAGAGGAGAGCGAGGGAGGGAGGGUUGCCGUGGACGCACUGAGUCAGGUGUACCAGCGCUGGGUCCCGGCUGAGAGGAUCAUCACCACCAACACUUGGUCCUCCGAGCUAUCAAAACUGGCCGCCAACGCAUUCCUCGCCCAGCGGAUAUCCAGCAUCAACGCAAUCAGCGCGGUGUGCGAGGCCACGGGGGCUGAUGUGGAGGAGGUUGCUCAUGCCAUCGGACUGGACUCAAGGAUUGGAAACAAAUUUCUGAAGGCGAGUGUUGGAUUUGGUGGCAGCUGUUUCCAGAAAGACGUGCUGAAUCUGGUCUAUCUCUGUGAGGCUCUGAACCUCCCUCAGGUCGCCGACUACUGGCAUCAGGUAAUAGCAAUGAACGACUUCCAACGCAGCAGGUUUGCAAAGCUAAUAGUCGACAAACUGUUCCAGACGGUGACGGGGAAGAGGAUCGCCAUAUUUGGGUUUGCAUUCAAGAAGAACACUGGAGACACGCGAGAGUCGUCCAGUAUCUACAUCAGCAAACACCUCAUGGACGAGGAGGCCAAGGUCAUCAUAUAUGACCCUCAGGUCACCAAGGAACAGAUAAAGAUGGACCUCACCGACCCCUCCAUCAUGCCAACCCCCGAUCGCUACGACAAACUGGUCACCAUAGCAACUGACCCGUACUCUGCCCUCACGGGAGCGCAUGCCAUGGUGAUAUGCACCGAGUGGGAUGAGUUCACGCGACUGGACUACCACCGGGUGUACGAGCUGAUGGAGAAACCGGCGUUCGUCUUCGACGGACGACUCAUUCUCGACCACAAGAAACUGCUGGAGAUUGGGUUCCAGGUUGCCGCCGUUGGGAAGGUCGUCACGGCAACCACCGAGACCACACCCACCCAGAACUCGCACUAAUAAUUAUGAACUCCUGCAAAUGUG